GAGUACUGUUUUGAAGAAUGUCUGGAAGCUUCUACUUCGUGAUAGUUGGUCAUCAUGAUAAUCCUAUAUUUGAAAUGGAAUUUCUGCCUCCUGGAAAAGUAGAGUCCAAGGAUGAUCAUCGCCAUCUCAACCAGUUCAUUGCCCAUGCUGCUCUUGACCUAGUAGAUGAGAACAUGUGGCUUUCUAACAACAUGUAUCUGAAGACUGUGGACAAGUUUAAUGAGUGGUUUGUUUCUGCUUUUGUCACAGCUGGACAUAUGAGAUUUAUAAUGCUUCAUGAUGUAAGGCAAGAAGAUGGAAUUAAGAACUUCUUUAAUGAUGUAUAUGACUUGUAUAUAAAGUUUGCAAUGAAUCCAUUUUAUGAACUCAAUUCUCCUAUUCGAUCCAGUGCCUUUGAAAGGAAAGUACAGUUCCUUGGGAAGAAACACCUUUUAAGCUAAAUAAAUACAUUUCCUGAGUGAGUGCUUUUUCCAUACUUUCCUGAUUAUUUGAACUCUAGUUCUUGAGGUUAGUUCUCAGCAUGUUUGAUACUCAUCUUCUGAAGACUGACAAAGUGGAUGCUGAAGCAGUUUUUUUUCUUUUGGCCAGUACAGAUAAAAACAGCAAAGCUUCCCUGGUUAAAAUGUGUAUCUUAAGAAGUUUCUUUUAAUGUGCUAUGAAAACUAAGUUUAAAAAUGUCAGGGGCUGAAUAGGUACAAACUGAGACAUGUGGGUGUCAGCACGUAUGCAGAAUGUAAGCCUCUUAUACAGGGUGGGAGGAAAUCAGAUCUCAUUGUAGAAGACAGCUCUGGUCAUGUGAUUUAAUAUGAGCAAAAGUGAAUUCCUGACUGUUUGGCCCAAGUGGUUAAUUUUAUUAUAAACUUUUAUACUUACACUCCUUUGCUAGAGAACUUACUCUGCAGAUUAACCAGACUAACCUCUCACUCUUUGUGGUAUCCAAUAAGGUCUGUAUUGAUAUUCUAAUGUGUAAUUGUAUAUAUUCUAAAGUGCUCAAUAAAAAGGAAAGAGGAUAUAUCAGCAAAGCUAUGUCCUUAGUAUUUCAAGAAGCUUAAAAAGUUAAGUUUUAAAGCUUAAAAUUUCAAAUUUACCAGAUGUUUAGUGCAAUACAUGUUUAGCUGCAGUGUUGCAUCAAUGAAAUGAAUGAAUGAAUGAAAUAGACCAGAACAGCUGUGUCUGCCCUGACUUUAAUUCUAAUUCACACAUGGAAAGAACCAAACUAAAUUUACACGUUCAAGCCCACCUCUUUCCAGUAUCUCUGCAAGUGCUGCAAUUUUCAUUUUGAAAAUACAUUUAGAGUUUCUGAAUCAUUGAACUAUUUAUUCAGCUUUCAGAACAGCAUUAUUUGGCCUGUGUGGCUACUAUUAUAUUGUAAAAUGUGGUUAGGGACACUUUUGCAAAACUUACCAUCAUUCCAAAACAGUGAAUUUUAAAUGGAUCAUUUGGCAUAUAUUUACCUAAUAUUUUGGUUGUUUCACAAUCUGUUAAGUAGCCUGUUUCCUUUCGCAGCAAAUCUGUAUAAGCUAUCUUCUUGGACUUAUUUUAAAAUGUCUGAAAAGUAGUUUCCAAAAGAAAUGGUGUGCUGUUCUAGGAGGUAUAAUUAAAGGGACCAUUUGUAUGUUCUUUAACUGUAUAGUCAGUCAUUAUUUCUUUGUAAUUUACACUUACUGCUAAACUGUCACUGUAAAAUACUCCCAUGAGAAAAAGAACGUGAUAUAAAGGUUGCAAUAUUUACCUUAAAUAAAAUGAAUGAUGCAGUAUGGCUGCCUGUUGAGUAUACUUGAAAUAAUUUAGGAGAAAAGAUGAUGAUCACAGUAAGGCUACCUUUAUUCGUGGGGUGACAAGUGAAGAUGGCAUUACUUGUCUUGCAGUUAUUUCAUAAAAAAAUGCAUUGUACAGCAUUUUGAUAGUCACAUGAUCUUAUGUAAAUCAACUGGGUUUUUUUCUGCUAUAUAUGUGAAAGCAUCAGAAACAGACUUGAGGUAAAGCGUUCUCAUUCAUAUAAGGAGCCAUUAAGCUGGAGCUCUUAAUGCUGUUUUCUACCUCCUCCCCAGUAGCACUGAUGGAUGGAAAAACACUAAUUCACUGAGGAAAUACUUAUGUUAAAUAAUCCUAUAUGUGGCAGUUAAGAAAAGUUUUUGGCAUAGAUGAAGGAUUAGUGCCAGGAAUUUCCACCAUUUUUAGAAACUGGGGUGUUUUUGAUAAUUGUGUUCUUUUCUGCCAGCACACAGUAGCAUGUAAAAUGAAAGCAUUUAACAUCUUGCCUCAUCUCUGAAGGCAGUUCCCCAAAUGGUGCCUGUUCUUAUCCCCCUCAUACAGUCUUUCCCCUUCUGCAUAUAGGAAUUGUAAAUGGGAAAUGCAGUCUCAUAGGUCCAUUUAUGAAAAUAGGCUGUUACUGGCCACAGGCAAGGGAGAGCUAUGUGCUAAUGCAUUACAUCAAUCAUAGAGUUUGUGGUGAGGAAUGUUGUCUCGGGACAGAAUUCUGAAGGAAUUCUACCCUGGCUAGGUAGUUCUGAUUUCCCUGUGUAUGGAGGAGCAUUUGUUUAUGCUUUGGUUUGUGACUUUUUACAAUAAGCUGAAGGACUGCUAUCUGGAAGCAACAGAUGAAAGGAAGUUACCUUAUGAUCAGUGAUAGCCAUAGAUCUGCUCUAGGUCUGAAAGAUGCAGUUCUAGCGUUCAUCAGAAAAUGAACAGUUCGUCAACGGACAAGGCAGAAGAGAGACCUUUACAAGUGUUAUAUUCAUGACCCAUCUCAGAGGCUUAGGAAUAAUUCAAAUCUGUUGCAGUGUGAGAAAGCAGCAGUAACUUGUAUUAUACAAUAGAGGCAACAAAAAAGUUUUGAGUUGCAGGGACUGGAAUUACCUUAUAGAGUACAAAAAUCAAGCAUAAGGAAAUGAGAGCAUUAGCACAAGCCUUAUAAAAACAAGAACCAGCUUUAAUAAAUCUAGGCUAGAAAUGCAAUUUAGACUCAACUUUGCAAGGUUCUGUUGCUGUUCAGGUAACCUGCCAUAUGACUUAAAGUAAGAUCUGUUUGAGGUACAGAGCAACUCUUAAAGCAAGCAGCCUGGUUCUGGCAGCAGUCUUACACAAAGCAUCUAUGUACUUUUCUGCAAGAUAAGCCAUUAGCUGUCCUAGCUAGUUCCUUCCACCCCUUCCCAUUUUGCACAGCUUUCAUCAAUCCCAAUUUUCCAUGACAGUAUUUUGCUCCUCCUUUUCAAGGACAUCUGUACCUUUGCAUACAUAUUACACAGUACACGCUCUGUCUAAAUACUGCUAAUGGGACCCCCUAAUACUUGAGGUACAUUAGUACUUGAAUCAAAUCAGUGAACUGAAACAUAAGCCACAAGUGCCUACCUUACCUCCAUAGCGAACAAUAAGUUUUCACUGAAAGUACAGAAACGCCUGUUAUUAAGUGUUUUUUUCUUUUGUACCUAUCAUCUACAUUUGCUUGUCAUAGGACUUCUGUUUCUUUAAAGUACUUGAUAGUCUACCUCUGAGACCAGAUCCUGACUUCAACAUAAUUCCUAUACUGUCUUACUAUAGCACAUAACCCCCCCUUUAUCUUUACUAGCCACUUUCAUGCUUAGUGUACAGUUAUGGUACAGCAGCUCCCAGGGCACAAGUAAUAGGUUUCUAUUAUAUUAAGUUUUAUUUAACUUUAUUAAACCUACUUCUCAGAUGAAGGCUUGGUAACCAUGACAUUACAUGGCAAGGGGACAGAUGGGAAAACACAUAUGCUUAGGCACAAAGAAAACCAUGAUGGUUCUCAUCCAUAAUUGUUACUUUUUAGGAAUCAUUUGAAUCAUAUCUACAGUACUCUAGUCACAGUAACUUUAUCUCCAGUUUUGUUUCAACCUUAACCUCUGCUAAAAUGAAUCUUAGAGAAAGCUUUAAGUAGUUCAUAGCACUAGCUGAGUAGCCCCCAACACAAUCUUUGUUUUUUAAGCCAAAAGAGCAAAAUGCUUUAUCUUAAGAGGAAUUUAGCAAAGGUUUUCUUCACAAAUACCUCUUCAUUCAUCGUCUAGAAAUUAAACGUAACAGAAGUAGCAGUUCAGCCUAUAUUUAGGUGUUAGGUGACUGAAGCUUAAAACAGUUCUGUUGCUGUAUAUGCUGGACCGUAAAUAAGUUAAGACUCAGGAAUGUACAGAAGAUAAAAAGAUGUCACUUUUAAGCAGGAGCAGCAGAUCUAUGGAGUAAAGUCCCAGAAAGGUUCAAUUAAGAAUACAAUACAUUCAGAAGAGUGUAUUUAUUAAGAGCAACAAAAAGGUUUUGCAAGCUUUACUUCCAAAUAAUUACACCUGGUACUGACUGAACAGAUUCAUUAAAAGAAAACUCUUGCUGGUACUGUACUCUCAAGAAAGGCUUUUCUAUGGGAACCAAAAACUUGUACAGAAAGCAGAGUCUGUGCAGUUUAGUGAAUAACAUGGCCUGCCCUAUAGGGUUCAGACUUCCUUCUGAAGUCCACAACAUGUGUAUGUGCAUGCCUGUUAGCAGUCAGUUUACACAUUGAAACAGCGCGCUGUCAAGUUUGCUAUACAAGGACAGUGGGUACUCUGAGAGCCAACUUUCAACAACUUCCCAUACAAGUAUUCUACCAUUUAACUGCAAUGGAGAGCCUCAGAUACACUUUCUGUGGUUUCAUCUGCAUUACUGCAGAAAGACUGUCCAUUAAAUACAGAAUCUGCUUCUGCUCAUCAUCAUGUAAUGAGUACAGUAAUACAAAAGACAUUGUCUUAAAUGUGUAAGUCCAUAUCCUAAAAUAGCAAAUUAAAUAAGUAUCAAAUUCGGUUCAAACACUAGCUGUAGGUAUUUACUUGUAUUAGGGCUGAAAGCUGUCACAAUCUACUGUAAGUCAAGAGCUUCCUGAGUUCUCUACGUAUUGCCAAUCCUUAGUUUCACAGUGCAGAGAUUACUGGUAAACACAUUCACAGCUCAGGUUAACAGGAACAAGAAGUUUGGAACUUUAAGGCUAUAUACUAAAAGUUCUCUUAGAAAUUUGUCAUAACGUGGAUCCCUUCAAGUGCUAUUAAAGCUGAAGGAAUAAAGUGUAUCUUUUUCAUAACUAAAAAUGGUUAUACUUCAGUUACUCAGAUUUUUUUACCUUACUGAUCAGAAACACACUAGAAUGGGACUUAAGGCAAAUACAUGUAUUAACUUAAAAAA